AUGUUGUCGGCCACUACUUUGGCAGUCGUUGCCCUCCUGGGCGUAACCAGUGCCCUACCGAACAGUGCUGGCCAAACGCAAGUUCGAGCUACAAAAGACACAUGGGAUUAUGUGAUUGUUGGAGGAGGUGUUACGGGCCUGGUGGUUGCCAAUCGCCUGAGUGAAGACAAGAAGAAGAGUGUUCUCGUCAUCGAGGCUGGAGCAGCAUACGAUAAUCCUAAUAUCCGAAUGCCGUACGGUGCUACCUUUCCAUUGAACGAAACUCUGCUCUGGGGCUACACCUCGCAACCAGAACCGUACAUUGCGAACAAGACAUUUCCCACACGUGCCGGACGAGUGCUAGGUGGCGGCUCGAUCGUCAACGGUAUGCUGUAUGAUCGAGCUGCGGCGGGCGAUUACGACGCUUGGGAGGCCCUUGGAAACAAAGGCUGGGGAUGGGAGGGCAUGUACCCAUUCUUCAAGAAGUCCACCGAGUUCUACGAGCCUCCAGCGGACUUGGCUAAGAAACUCAACAUCACCUGGGACCCGAAAGCCUACGGUAAUGGUCCUCUGAAGAUCGGCAUCUCAGACUUCCAAUACCCCGACGUUGUAGACUACUACAAGGCCUUCGCGGGCGCCGGUCUACAUGCGCCUCGCAGUGGCGAUACUGGAGAAGCUUACGGAACGGCUUGGUACCCAAACACAAUGAAUCCCAAGACUGGCGAGAGGUCACAUGCGCGUAAUUCUUACUACGACCCCGUAUCGACACGUGCGAAUCUCGAGGUGAUGUUGGAGACUCUUGCGACCCAGAUCGUGUUCCAAGGUGAGCGCAAGCUCACGGCGAAGGGCGUCAAAGUCACCGAUAAGAAGACUGGGGCCACAAAGACCGUAUACGCGAAGAAAGAAUUGAUCCUGGCAUGCGGCUCUGUCAAUACUCCUCAGCUCCUUCAACUCAGCGGUAUCGGACCGAGAUCUGUUCUUGAAGCCGCCGGUAUUCCUGUCAAGCUUGAACACGACGGUGUAGGGGCCAACUUCCAGGACCAUCCGUACACCAACGUACAGUUUAACAUGUCAAAUGUGGGCAACCCCAACCCCAGCUCUUACAGCGACCCAGCUUUCAACGCAUCCGCAAGAGAGGAGUACCGCGUCAACAAGACCGGUCCACUGACCUUGGCUCGUGGAAACGGUCUUGCGAUGGUACCGCUUCAGAUUGUCGACCCCGAAAGAUACAAGAGUCUCGCGAAACAAGUACGAAGCUCCGACAAUGAUGCGUACCUGCCAGCUCUUUACAAGAACAGCAAGAAGCUUCUCAAGGGCUUCAAAGCUCAGCGCAUGAUUCUGGCCAAUCUGUACGAGAGUGCCAAAGCAGGAAUCGUUGAACACACCAUUUCCGGAUCUGGCACAUUCGAGAUCGUAGGGCUCGAGAAGCCCAUUUCCAGAGGUACAAUCAUGAUCAACCCUGCCAACCCACAAGGACCACCACACAUCUUCUACAACUCGUUGAGCAGCCCAGUCGACAGGGCUGUCCUCGGAUCCUGCGUUCGUUUCCUUCGCACAAUCUGGGGUCGCCCAGAGCUGGCGAAGUACUCGCCUGUGGAGACCUCCCCAGGAGCGCAGUACAUGACCGACGAAGAGAUCCUCAAAAGGUCGAUCGAGGUUGGGAGCGUCAUUCCCACCUUGUCGCAUCCCUCUUGCUCAUGCGCUAUGAUGCCAGAAGACAUGGGCGGUUGCGUUUCCGACAAGCUUCUCUUCUACGGCGUCAAGCACAUGUCAAUCAUCGACGCCUCCAUUAUUCCCAUUGUGCCUACUCAGCACAUCCAGUCGACGAUGUAUGCAAUCGGCGAGAAGGCUGCGAGCAUCAUCAAGAGCCGUGGCUGA